UACACAACAAAAAGCUGAAGUUUGGGGCUGUGGCGGCGUGGGGUCCUCUCUCUUUCUACUUUCAAAUUCUCAAAAUUUUCCCAUUUCUCCCUCUCCCGUCUCUCCAUUUCUCCACCUCUCCAUCGCUUCCCUUCAUCUUCAUCCUCAGUUUUUUCCUUUCUUGCAGCCAUUAUCUACUCACAUGUAAAAUCAUUUCAUCAGAAUGUCCCUCCUUAGUAGAUUCUUUUACCGAAGACCUCCAGAUGGGUUGCUGGAAUUUGUUGAACGAGUCUAUAUUUUUGAUUCGUGUUUUUCGACUGAAGCUUUGCCUGAUGGUAUGUACCAAAUAUAUCUGCAUGAAAUAAUUAAUGAAUUACAUGAAGAAUUCCCGGACUCUUCCUUCCUUGCGUUUAAUUUUCGUGAAGGGGAGAAAAGGAGCCAAUUUGCAGAAGUGUUGUGUGCGUAUGACGUCACUGUCAUGGAUUAUCCUCGACAAUAUGAAGGUUGUCCGCUUCUUCCACUAUCGUUGAUUCAGCACUUCCUCCGUGUUUGUGAAAGUUGGCUUCUGCUUGGUAACCAACAAAAUGUUAUUCUUCUUCACUGUGAGAGGGGAGGUUGGCCUCUCUUGGCAUUCCUUUUGGCUAGUUUUUUGAUUUUUAGAAAAAUGCACAGUGGUGAGAGGAAAACUCUUGAAAUUGUACAUCGAGAAGCUCCCAAAGGGUUUUUGCAGCUCUUGUCCCCACUAAAUCCAUUUCCAUCUCAGCUCCGCUACUUGCAAUAUGUAGCAAGGAGAAAUAUAGUCUCUGAGUGGCCACCACCUGAGCGAGCACUCUCUUUAGAUUGUGUAAUUCUUCGUGGCGUUCCAGGUUUUGAUGCUCAGAAUGGCUGCAGACCAGUCAUUCGUAUUUUUGGGAGGAAUCUUUUCAGUAAGGGUGGACUUUCCACGCAGAUGCUUUUCUCUAUGCCCAAGAAGAACAAGGCCCUCCGUCACUACCAUCAGGCAGACUGUGAUGUGAUUAAAAUAGACGUACAGUGUUUGGUUCAAGGAGAUGUAGUGCUGGAGUGUUCACAUUUGGAAUCGGAACCAGAAAGAGAAGUUAUGAUGUUUCGUAUUAUGUUCAAUACAGCAUUUAUUAGAUCAAACAUACUGAUGCUAACCUCUGAAAAUUUGGAUAUUCUUUGGGAGUCAAAGGAGCGUUAUCCAAAAGGCUUUCGAGCUGAGGUUUUGUUUGGGGAGAUGGAAAACAUCUCUCCUCCAAGGGCUCCAACCUCCAUUUUGAAUGGUGAAGAGAAAGGUGGAUUGCCAAUUGAAGCUUUUUCCAGGGUUCAAGAACUUUUUAGUGGUGUCGAGUGGAUUGAUAACAACGAUGAUGCUGCCUUGUGGCUACUUAAGAAUCUUUCUGCCUUGAGUGAUGUGAAAGAAUUGUCAAGAUUGCAAUAUAAAACUAGUUCAUACUCUUCACCAGUAGACUCUGAAGAGGAAAAUAAUACAUCUAGCACUGCCGAUAGUUCAGAUGAAGUAUUUGAUAUUAUUACAAAGCCUUUUGUGGAUCCAACUUCUACCAACUUUACAAUUCCAGCCACGGUACAUUCUUCUGAAUUAUUGUCUGACAAGAUUGGUGCUAAUGAAGUGAAUAUUUCAUCAGAGUCUCCUCAAUCUUCUGAUGAAUUUCAAGACAAGAUAUUUUCAAAUAAAGAACCUUUGCCCUCUUCAUCACCUCUGUUGCCUCCAUCUAAUCUUCCAUCUACCGAUGCUAGUGGGAAACUUGACUCAAAUAAUAUGACACCAACUGUUAAGGUGAUUCCUCCACCACCACCACCACCACCACCACCGCCACCACCUUUUUCUCUAUCACAUAACAAGCCUCAUGUAGAAACUUCCUCUAGUUCAGAUUCGACCACUGUAACAAUGCAUGUGAGACCCCCUCCACCUCCUCCAUCUCCACCUCAGUAUCCUACUAUUAACAAUCCUGUUACAACCUCAACUCAUUCACUUUCACAUGUUCCUAAAUCUUCUGGUGCACCCCCACCCCCACCCCCACCUCCUCUUUUUGUUCCAAAAUCUUCUAGUGCUCCUUCACCUCCACCUCCACCUCCACCUCCACCCCCAAUUGCAAAAUCUUCCGGUGCUCCCCCACCUCCGCCUCCUCCCCCUCCAGUAGUCCUGAAAUCUUCUAGUGCUCCUCCACCUCCACCUCCGCCUCCACCCCCACAUAUAGUUCCGAAAUCUUCUAGUGUUCCUCCGCCCCCGCCCCCGCCACUGCCUUCGCCUCCAGUUUCAAAAUCUUCUAGUGCUACUCCACCUCCUCCUCCUCUGCCCCUAAAAUCUUCUAGUGCUCCCCCACCUCCUCCAACUCCGCCUCUAAAAUUUUCCAGUGCUCCUCCACCUCCACCUCCUCCUCCGUUUUCAAAAUUUUCUAGUGCUCCUCCAACUCCGCCUCCACCUCCAUUUCCAAAACUUUCUGGUGCUCCUCCACCUCCACCUCCACCUCCUCCACAAUCAAAUAGUGGUGCACCAGUUCCACCUCCUCCACCACCGCCAAAACCUCCCAGUGUUGAGCUGCCAAGUCAUGGUGCUAAAUCAACUAGACCUCCUCCACCUCCUCCACCAGCAAAGCCCUUCAAUUCCAAUUCUCUGACAAGUCAAGGUGCUACACCAAUGCCACCCCCUCCUCCCGGAUCAAGAGGAUCAAAUGUACCACCGCCGCCGCCGCCUUCUGCUGGAAGAGGCAAAGCUUCCCUAGGAUCAACAGCUCAAGGAAGAGGCCGAGUUGCCACAGGAGUUGUAAAUGCUCCAAAAAAAAACACCUUAAAACCAUUACACUGGGUGAAAGUUACUCGAGCAAUGCAAGGGAGUUUAUGGGCUGACUCACAAAAGCAAGAAAAUCAAUCAAGGGCCCCAGAAAUAGACAUCUCUGAACUUGAAAGUCUAUUCUCAGCCGCUUCUGCUUCUGAUGGAAGUGGCAGUAAAGGUGGAGGUCGACGUGGUUCCAACAUCAAUAAACCUGAAAAAGUGCAACUGAUUGACCUGCGGAGAGCAUACAACUGUGAGAUAAUGCUCUCAAAAAUAAAGAUUCCUUUACCAGAUAUGAUAAAUUCAGUUCUUGCAUUGGAUUCUUCUGCUCUUGAUAUUGACCAGGUUGAGAAUCUCAUCAAGUUUUGUCCUACUAGGGAAGAGAUGGAAACGUUGAAGGGUUAUACAGGUGACAGAGAAAUGCUCGGAAAGUGUGAGCAGUUUUUUCUCGAGCUAUUGAAGGUCCCACGAAUAGAGUCCAAGUUACGAGUAUUUGCUUUCAAAAUCACCUUUUCUAGUCAGGUGAAUGAUUUGAGAUAUCAUUUGAGCACAAUAAAUGAUGCUACAAGAGAGGUCAAAGAAUCUGCAAAACUGCGUCAGAUAAUGCAAACUAUUCUUACACUGGGAAAUGCGUUAAACCAGGGUACUGCUCGAGGCUCCGCUAUAGGUUUUAAGUUGGACAGCCUCCUUAAAUUGUCUGACACUCGGGCAAGAAACAACAAAAUGACUUUGAUGCAUUAUCUAUGUAAGCUCAUUGCAGAGAAAAUGCCAGAGUUACUUGAUUUUGACAAGGACCUUGUUCAUUUAGAAGCUGCCUCCAAGAUUCAAUUGAAAGCAUUGGCCGAGGAAAUGCAAGCAGUAAGUAAAGGUCUUGAAAAGGUGGAGCAAGAGCUAACUGCCUCAGAAAACGAUGGUGUGAUCUCUAUUGGUUUCCAAAAGGUGCUGAAGAAUUUUCUUGAUACGGCCGAAGCUGAAGUAAGGGCACUUAUCUCCUUAUAUUCUGAAGUGGGGAGAAAUGCGGACUCUCUAUCACAGUACUUUGGCGAGGAUCCAGCUCGGUGCCCUUUUGAGCAAGUGACUCAAAUUUUGAUAGUCUUCGUCAAGAUGUUCAGGAAGUCACGAGAAGAAAAUGAAAGGCAGGCUGAUGCUGAAAAGAAAAAAAUAGAGAAGGAAGCCAUGAAAGAAAGAAGUUCAGUUAAAGCAAAGUGAGACCAUAUUAUGUUUUUAGUAGAAGGUAUUGCCAGAUCAACCUCUUUGAUUUGGUUCGGUUGAACACCUGAAGAGGUGUGAAUGUGAAUAUCUGAUUUAAGAUUCAUGAACUUCCAUCAAGCUAAAUAUGAGGCAAUUUUGUUCCCAGGUUGGCUCCUUCGCCUUCCUGCACUGCCGUUUUUAUCAUCAAUAUCGUGCUUUGUAAAUACACUGCGACGCAAUUACAGAAUUGGGAGUGGUUGCCAUUGGACAAUGACAGAGGUUCGAGUUCUUUUGAUCUCAACUUGACACUGUUAUAAUGGUAACAAAACUUCUCCCACAGCAACGUCUAUAGAUAUUAUAUCAAUUGUUUAGAUGGUUAAAAACUUAAAAUAGGGCUAUGACCAUUGUACAGGUAAAUAUCAUUUUCUAGAAUCCAUACUUUUAUGUUAUUGGAUCGUAUCUUGUGAUAGUUUCAAUUAAUUUACUUGUCGUGGCUUUUGCUGCACAUUUAUUGUAAAGAAAUGGUUAGAAUUUCUAGUUAAUAUUAUUAUGCAUCAUUAGUUCCUUUACAUACAUAGUUAAA